AGUCCUCCGAAAAGCGGUGAUCCUAACACUGAUUCGUCUCCUCCACGAAACCGCAUGAGUCUGCGAUGGCGCAUGGGGCAUGUUGCUAUUCGUGUCCGGCAGUCCAUAUCCGGCUCGAUGAAAAUAGCGGUUUCGCCAAUCUCUGAGCCUAAAAGUGGCGAUACCUCCAUCGGCUUCCUGAUCUCCAGCCAGAACAUGCUGCUGUUCCUGCUGCCGCACCCGCGAGCUGUUGGCGCCGAGCAUUCUCAGCUCCGCCCCCUGAUCCCAACAGAUGAGCAAGGUGAUUAUCAUGAACAUGGUAAAGCCGAUGAAGAGCUUGGCGAUGGAAUACCAGGUCAGAUUGGCGACGCCGAGGGACCUGAUGCAGGGGACGUGCGGGAGGUUGGCGGCGGCGUGCCAGUCUUCGGGGAUCUGGCAGUAUCCGUUGCCGGCUUCGAGGAAUUCGAACACCUGCUGGCUCGUGGUGUGGAAGAUGUAAUCGCCGCCGAAGCUUGGGACCCUGAUAGGGUAUCGCUGUUCAGUCUGCGAAUCGGAUGUCAGAAGAUACGGCAGUACACAAAGGUUCAACAACUCGCUGUCGUGUGA